CUUUUUUUGAACGAGGACGUGUUUCCAAUGUAUACAAAUUCUACAUAUUUUCACAGUGAUUUAGUAAGCAAAAUUUUUACCCGAGUGUGCUCAGGUAAAUGGAAGCGUGUGAGUUUUCGAAGCAGAUGUUACCAAGUUUUACAAGAGGAUUGAUGGAGAUAAAUUUGUAGCUGUUAGUGUUUUGGAAUUGUACAGGAUGCCAGGGAAGAGCAAAGAAGACACAUGGGGAGCGAAGGAAUUGACUGAAUCUAUCAAGGAAGCACGGUCAUCUGGGAAAAGCAAACACAGGGAUAGAGACCGUGAUAAAGAAAGAGAAAAGACAAGUGAUAAAGACAAAGACAGACAUAGGGAGAGAGAUAAAGAACGUGAUAGAGAGAAAGAUAAAGAUAGACACAGAGACAAGGAUAAGGAAAGACAUCGAGAUAAAGAACAUGACCGUACAAGGGACAAGGAUAGAGACAGGCAUAGAGAUAAGGAAAGAGACAGAGAUCGUGACAAACACAGAGAAAAGGAAAAAGAAAGGAGAAAGGAUCGUGAAAAUGAAUCUUCAAAGGAGAAGGACAGAGAAAGAAGAAAAGAUCGUGAAAGGGAAUCUUUAAAAGAGAAGGACAAAGAAAGAAGAAAAGACCAUGGAAGGGAUUCCUCAAAAGAGAAGAACAGAGAAAGAAGGAAAGAUCGUGAAAGGGAUUCAUCAAGAGAUAAAGACAGAAAGGAAAAGGACAGAAGCAAACACAGAGAGAAGGAAAAGGACAGAGAUAGAGAAAAAAAGGAAAGAUCACAUGAUAACAGAGAGAGGGCAGAAAGGACAGACUCUGGAAAAAAGGAGAGACACAGAGAUAAAGAUGAGAAAAGGAGAGAACAAAGGAAUGAAGACGGCAGUAGGGAUAGAGAUAAAUCAAGAACCAAAGAUGAGGAGCGAGAUAGAAGAAGGGAGGAGAAAAGGCACAGAGAUAAAGACAGAGAGAGGAAAAGAGAAAAGGAAAGUCAUGAUAGUGACCGUGAGAAAAGGAAACAUAGAGACAAAGAUGGCUCGGCUGAAAGGAAGAAAAGGGAAAGGAGUGGAGAGCAUAAACAUCGGAAGGAACAUCGAGAAGAGAAAGAUAGAAGGAAAUCAGAAUAUAAAAAUGGCCGAGAUGAGAGACUGGAGGAGAAAGAUAAAAAGGAAAGAAGACAGCAUGAAAAUAAUCAUGAAGAUGAGGAUGAUGUAGGAGAGGAGAUUCACAAUGCACCAGAAAGCAAUGAGCAAAAUCAAGAAGAAUCAAACCAGGAUUAUGCUUAUGAAGAUGAUUUUGAAGAUUAUGAUGAUGACUUUGAAGAUGAUGAUGAAGAAGACAAUGAAGAUUCUGUAAUGCCAAGUGAGAUUGAUAACCUAAGGAGAGCAAUGGCUGCUGAGAAUGAAGCUUUGAGACGAAGUGCAGAAUCACGUGACUCAAGAUCACAACAAUCAAGUGCAAACACCCGUCCAACCACUUCUCGAACAGGGCGUACCUUUAUUAAUUUUGUAGCAGCCAAGCAGCGUGAGAUUAGUGAUCAGGUUUCUCAAAGGACUAAGAAAAGAGGUCAAGAACUCAUGACCUUGAUUGACCUUGACUCAACAGGUUUUGAUAUCUUUGAUAUGCCUCCUGUUAGGGAAUAUGACCGCUACAUCGCAAGCUUUGGCCGCUCAAACACUAAACAGGCUUUUGUACAGUGCAAUGAUGAUAACUUAGAUCGUGAUAUACAGACUGAAGAGAUUGAUAAGAAUGAUAGAUGGACCCAACAUCCACAAGAAGGUAGUGCUGCUACAGGAGGAAGCAAUGUCAAAGGAGAGAGUGAUGAAGUACCACUAGAAAGAGAGACAAACUCAUUACAGUUCAAUCGCUUUGUGGAGAAUGCCACUCAGCUGAUCUCUGUCCUGUUAGAUGAGCAAUUGGCCAAUAGAGUAGGAGGCAAGCUGGAGAGUAAUAAGAGGAGUAUUGUAUUCAGUGAUGGUUAUACACUUAUGAAUACUGGUACUCCUAUACUACAAGGGCGUUCUAUCGUCAGAGUAGUAAUUCACCCAGUUCAAACAAACUUAAUCAUCACCAUGCAUUCUAUGCCUAAAACAGAUUUAAUGAACAUUGAUGACAAAGAUUUGAAAGUGCUAGAGAAAGCAGGCUUAACUAAUAGAGGGCUAUUGUGUGUUUGGAAUAUUAAUGAGCCUUCAAGACCACAAAAGAUCCUGGUGUUGAAGUCUGUUCCUACAACAUGUACCUUUAGUCCAUCCAAGGCAACAAUGGCUUUCUGUGGAACAGUUGAUGGUUCAGUGUGUGUAUGGGAUCUUAGAGAACCUCCCAGUAUGCAUCAGAAGUGUGAGUUUGGUUGGGGUCAUAUAAUGGUUAGAGUACCAACCUAUAGUACAGAGGCUGGUUGUCCUGAGGAGAGUCAUCAUAGUAGAGUGGCUGCUAUGCAACCUAUUAUCAGCUCAGAUGAUGCACAGAAAGCAACAACCAAGUCAAACUUAAAUGAUGACUCAGUGGGAUUUUCCUUUCAGUUGGCAACAGUGGAUGAGAAAGGCACCAUCAGUUUCUGGGUUGUCAUAGAGAUUGACAAGCCUGAUGAUGCGGGUUCAGAGUCUGAUCUUGGCUUGGUACCAGGGGGUAAAGUCAAACUCAUCAAAAGUUCAUCUAUACAACUGCAGAUUCCAACAAGGGAACUUGGACCUACCUAUCAGCUGAAAGUGACUGAUAUGCAGCUUCUGCCCUCCAAUCCGAAUCAUUUCUUUGUUGCAACAGAUGCAGGGUUCAUCUCACAUGGGGCACGGAAUACAGAGAGGGUUUCCCCCAAGUACUUUUUGACCAAUGAUGGUGUUCCAGUUGGAGUCAAAUGCAUAGACUUCUCGCCAUUUAAUCUCCCAUGCUUCUUGGCUGCCAGUGGAGAUGGGAGUAUAAAACUCUUCAGUACCGAAAGAGGUACUCCUCUUGUGAGUUGGCCUAAUUCCACACAAGGAAUGUCCAUAGUAGCAAUAUCAUGGUCCAGAUCCAGACCAUCUGUAUUCUUUGUGAUGGACAUUGCAUCCAAGGUCUAUGUUUGGGAACUACUAGAGAAUGACUCUGGACCGGUCAAAACAGAGCAGUUUACGCGUGGAAGGUUAUCAGCUCUUGCUCUAGCCAAUGAUCAUGCAGCUACAGGAUGGGGUGUAGCAGGUAGAAAACCAGAAAUGAUUAUCACUGAUAAUAUGGGUUCUUUGGAUGUACAUGUUCUCAACUCACGAUUCUCAUCUGCUAUUGGAAGUGAGUUAGAUGCCUUUAGUGAUCUUCUUCAGCAGCUAAUAUGAAGAAGAUAUUAAUAAUGGUUGCUGCUAGAAAUACAAUGAAACCAUUUCCUUCGAUUUUAAGUAAGGGCUACAUGAUAUAUCUAAUUUAGGUAUCUGAUUAUCAUCAUUUGCGAUAUCAUGAUUACUGUUCCCUAUGAAUAAUUAUAAAGGUAUAUUUAUGUGUCAAUUCUUCUUGAAUGAACAUAUGAAAAAAGAGCCGAUUGGGGUCUACAAUUUUCUAACCUUUUACUUUGGACCCUGUUAAGUUGGAUAAGAGUGAUGAUGAUCUUGGUUUAAUGCCAUUUUCUAAGUGAUUUUCAGCAGUUUGAAAACUCUCCUAUUAUACAACAUGAAAGGUGAUGUAGCUUGUACUCAGGAUCACCAAAUCCAUGUAAUGCCAGCUUUUAUCCCUAUUUCAAUUAAUUUAUAUUCCUUAGUUGGUCAUAUUUUGAAAUUUCAUUCAAUGAAGCGAUUCAUUCUCAUUAGGCUGUGCUUUUGCAGCAAGUGUACACCCAUGAAAAUGGUAUUUUCUAUGUGAAAAACAUAUCUCAUUCCCGAAAGUUUAGUAUUCUGCAGUGGAGCUGAUAUUAUAAUCAUAUCUUGAAUUUCUUGCUCUCAUUUUCAUCCUAUUUGUAACAUACCAUUACUUUAGCUCCCUCAUAACACUAAUCUGUUAUCAAAUAGUAUGAGUUAUGAAUUUGUUGAAAUGGGGAAGAAAAAGUAUAUGAAAAGUUAAAAUAUGCAAAGUGUGAUAUGAGCAAGAACCAAAAUGUACUUGGAUUGUUACAAUAGGUGGAUGAAAGGCAACUGUUUUGCAAAAGAAAAAGAAGUAUGUUACAAGAUAAAAAUAUUUUGUAGGCACCUCUCUUUUACAAGGACAUUUUUUUAUCUUUGUGAAUGAAGAAAGGGAAAAUGAUUUAUUAUAAAAAAAUAAUAAUCUGGUUGAUUAUAAGGUACUUAAGACAUACAGUGAAGUAUAUUGUUGGUGGAUUGUUUAAAACUGUGUAUCUCAAAAUUUAUUUUAAAAAAAGCACAGCUCAGAAAAAGCUCUGUAGUAGAAUUUUGACACAGGUAUCAUUGCCACUCUGACCAGAACUAAUUUUCUUUGUUUAUUUUGAGAUGAUUUAACAGCCUACCAAUGACACUUAAUAGAGAUUAUUACUACCCUGGUCAUCGGUUUCAAUUAGUAUUUCAGAUGUACAAUACAUUUUCUACUAUCUGUGAUUCUGUUUUCUUCUGAAAACAGAAUAACCAUAGAAAUGUUAUCUUGACUGAUUAAAUCUAGCAUGUUGUUUAUCAAGCAAAAUACUAGUGCAAUUAACAUGCCAAGUGUUGAAACAUGUGUGUAUAUACAUGUAUGUAUAUUAGUAUAACUAAUGCACCUUGAUUCUUUUGUCCAAAGAAUGUACAUAUUUGUAGAAGUUUGUGUCUAUUUUUCAGGAGUCCAGUCUCUGCUCCUGUAUUGUGUGAAAUACAGGAAUUCAAAAUUAAAAUCCAAGCUCACUCAAAGUUUGCUAUCAACUUUGUAACAAAUAAUUCUUGAUAUAUUUUGUGUAAAAUCUGUACAUUUGUGUCAAUAAUGAAGAGAAUUUACAAAGUUUAAAUAUAUCAUUGUAAAUAGAAUAUACCUUUUAAAUAUGUGUGGAAAAAACUUAGGAAAAGAAGAAAUGGAGAAUCUUUUAGACUUUAAACUCAGUUAUACAUAGAUUGGUAAUAAAUCUUGUAGUGUUAUGUUGUGGGUGAAAAGAAAAGGAAUUGCUAUAUUCUUAAUCAUAUUGGGAGAAAUCAUCAUACUUGCGUGUAAUACAGUAUAAAUCAUUCACACAAGGACAUUACUGCAAGACUCUACGUCCCUGGAAAGACAAGUUAUGCAGGCUCUUAACAUCUGUCUUUGUAAGACUGGCACUCUUCAGCUCUCAAACUUUGAGUAGUAAUUGUAUUUCUGUGAGUUUACCAUGUGCAAACUUUCAUUUGUGUGUUUAUGAAUUGGGAUCCAAUCUAAUUUAUGGUAUUGAUUGGAUUCCCUUUUUUGUUGGCUUAUUUUGUAAUAAUUUUGUAUUAUAUAAUAAGGGUCUUAGAUAAAUUUUCUCAUAUCAACUGUAAUAUUUAGGAAGACUGCAUCCAUGAGAAAAGCCUUGAAUGUUACACCUUUAGGCAACUAGUCCAAUGUCUGUGCUAGGCCUUUAGCAGGAAUCUCACUCUAAGAGUGCUAUGUGUCUUUUCAUUCUUGCAUUCCUGCAUUCACCAAUAUUUGGUCUAUCAUGGAAUAUGAAGAUUAGUAAUGAAAAGCUAUGGGAUUCCUGCAGGAAAGAUGUAACUUUGACUUUUUACAAGGUACCCUUACAUCAGUAAAAUUACUCAAACAUUGAAUGGGGGAAUUUCAGGAUUAAAUCAUUUUAUAUAGCCUUUUGAUAGGAAAUAACUUAAUCUGUAUGAUAGAUGUUUAAAAGGCCUUUAUUUAGGAAAAUAAAAACAUUAAUGAGAGAGGGCACUUAAACUGAUAAAUGUAAAAAAAAAUCACCUUUCCAUUAAAAAUCAAUCAAUGAACAUUGAUCUUAUGAUCAUUGUAGUAUUGUAAGAUUAGAACAAUAGAAUUGUAUUGAAUAUAAUUCACAUUAUUGAACAUUUAACCCUAUCUAGGCCGGGGUAUUUUGGGAGUU